AUGAUUUUUCUUUGUACAUAUAAGGCCAAUUUGGUGCAAUUUCGUCUCAUUCGUAUUGUUUUGGGUAAUGAAGCUUGUGAUCUUGAUUCAGCUAUAAGUGCAUGUGUCUAUGCAUAUUUUCUUCAUAGUACAUGUCAAUCACAAGAUGAAAUUCUUCAUAUACCUAUAUUAAAUACACAACCAUCAAUAUUUCGUUUGCGUACUGAAAUACAUUGGUUUUUAAAAGAAAAUCAAUCGAAUAUGAUUUUUAUUGAUGAUAUUAAUUUAAAUGAUUUAUACGAUAGAAAUAAACUUGAAAUAAUUCUUGUUGAUCAUCAUUGUUUAUAUUCAAAAUUCAAUAAAAUCGUAACACAAAUAAUUGAUCAUCAUCCUCGAAAAGAAAAUUCAAUUGUAUUAAAAGAUCCAUCAAAAAUUAAAAUUGAACUUGUUGGUUCAUGUUGUACAUUAAUAGCUGAAGAAAUCCUCACAUCUAAUACAAAUUUUCAAAUGACUGAUGAAAUCGCUUAUUUGUUAACUGGACCUAUUCUAUUCGACACACUCAAUUUUUCACCAAGCGCUGGUAAGGCAACAGAAAAAGAUAAGCAAAUAUACGAACAACUUUUAACUUACCGAACUUACAUUGUUGACGAUUCAAAAUUAUAUAAAGAUUUGAGACAGAAAGCUGCUGCUACAACAGGAAUGUCUAUUCAAGAUUCAUUACAAAAAGAUGUUAAGCAGGUCAUUGGACCUAAUAUUCGUCUUGCUAUUUCUAGUCUACCAUCAGGAUAUACAGUUGAAAAACUUAUCGGACAAUUAAAAACAAUGAAAGAUAUAGAUGAAUUUUUAUCUAAUAAUGAUAAUGCGGAUGGUGUAAUUAUGCUUUCACUUGAAACAAAUAAUGACGAAAUAACACGUCAAUUAGGUUUUUAUGUUAAAAAAUAUGAACAUAUGCCUCCAAUAAAUGAAUAUAUACAACGUGACGAACAUAAUCUUAAUUUACGUGAACGUGGUAUACCAAUAAAUCAAGCACGUAUUAAAUUAUUUGAACAAAGAAAUGUUCAAGCAUCUCGCAAACAAAUUUUACCAUUAAUUGAACAAUUUGCAAAAGAUUUUGUACCACACAAUUCAUCCUAA